AUGAGGCCUGCGGCGCCCGCGCACCCGUCGCAGGCGGGCCUCCGAACGCUGCGGCUCGCGCGGGCGCGGUCGGGCCCCUGGAGGGCGGCCGCCGCCCCAGCGGCGCCAGCGCCGGGCCGGCGGGGGCUGUUCCAGGGCGCCUUCGGCGGCUGCAGGCACGGGGAUCCGCGCCUGCUGGCCCUCGCCGCGACGUCGGCGGCGCUGCAGCGCCGCGCGCGGCGAGCCGGCACGCUCCAGGAGGACCUCGCAGACCUGCGGCACUUGGCGGACCGCCCAGCGGGCCGCGCCGGGCGGGGCCGCUGGUCUCCGCCGAGCGCCAGCGGCAGGCGGGGGCAGAAGCCGGCCGCGGCGUGGUCGGGCGUGCCCAACACGGCCCCGGCCGACCAGCGGGCGGUGGACGAGCGGCUGCCGAAGAUGAGAUGGAGGAACGAGAGACUGCCCAUCCACGACGUCCUGCCAGAAGUCCUCAGGCACGUCCGCGAGGACCCGGCCAUGCUUUUGCACGCGCCGACCGGCGCGGGCAAGACGACGGUCGUGCCCCUCGCGGUCUUGGAGGCCGGCGCCGUGGCAGGCAAGAUACUCGUGCUGCAGCCGCGCAGGAUCACUUGCAUGAGCGUCGCCAGGCGGAUGGCCUACCUGUCCGGGGAGCCACUCGGCGAGUUCGUGGGUUACCGCAUCAGGCACGACACAGUGGUCAGCAACAGGACGCGCAUAGAGGUCGUGACCGACGGCGUGCUAGUGCGGCUGCUGCACCAGAACCCCACGCUCGAGGGGUACGGAGCAGUGUUCUUCGACGAGUUCCACGAGCGGAACAUCGAGUCCGACCUGAGCUUCUCCCUCUGCCUGGCAGCCCACCGCGCCAACAACUGCCGCUUCAAGCUCGUCAUCAUGAGCGCAACUUUCGGCAACCUGGCGGAGAGCCUGAGAAAUAUUCUGGGCAAAGUGGGCACGGUCCGCAGCGAGGGCACCACCUUCCCCGUCGAGGUGCGGCACGUGGACCUCGUGGCGGAUCUCAACAACUACGAGCCGGAGGGCCCGCAGAAGUUCGCGGAGCAGGUCGCAGGUGUCAUCCAGGGAGCGCUCGGUGAGCAUACCGGCGACGUGCUGGUGUUCCUGCCCGGCGAGCGGGAGAUCAUGUACACGUGGAUCGCUCUGAACAACAUGGGCAUCGGCGAUGGACAGGUGCCCAGAAAUCUGGCCGGCUGGGCGUGGAAGCUGAUCGACCGGAAGGCUGCCGACCUCGGCAGGAGGAUCGUUGUCCACACCCUCUAUGGCACGCUGGACCAGGGCGAGCAGGACGAGGCGCUGUCACCGCCGCCCCAGGGCUGGCGCAAGGUUAUCCUGGCGACGCCCAUUGCGGAGUCCUCCAUCACCGUGCCGGGUGUUCGCGUGGUGGUGGACGCAGGCCUCAAGCGCAUCAAGGUGGAGGACCCCGUCGCGUGCACGAGCACGAUGGAAACUGUGCCGAUUUCGAUCACCUCGGCCGACCAGCGAAAGGGACGCGCUGGGCGCGUGAGCGAGGGCGUGUGCUACCGCCUAUGGAGUGAGAGGCACCACGAGAGGCUGCAGCAGAACGACACCCCCGAGAUCCACAGGUCGGACCUGUCCCCGUGCUUGCUGGACCUGUCCGUCCAGGGCUACGUGUCCGACGACCAGAUCGCGGCGCUGCCCUGGGUGGACCCACCGAAGGUGGAGGACCUCGGCAUUGCCAGGGAGCUCCUGGCCCGCCUGCGUGGCGUCGAGAAGCGGCCCGACGGCGGCUGGGCCCUCACCGUGCGCGGGCGCCAGCUGGCCCAGUUCCCGGUGCACCCGAGGCUGGCGCACGCGAUAUUGCAGGCCGCGCACGUGUCCGAGAGCUUCGCGCGCGACGCGUGCGAUCUGGCGGCGCUGAUGGAGGAGAAGGAGCUGCUGCGAGGCGGCCGCCCGAGGCACGGGGGCGACCUGGAGGCCCGCCUCGACGCGCUGCAGUCGAAGAAGAACCGGGACGUCAUCUGGGCCGUCCGGGAGCGCGUGCUGAUGGCGUCCGAGCAGCUGCAGCGCAUCGCGGGCCUCGGUACGGUGGAGAGCGGCCGGCGACAGAGCGCCAGCGAGCGCAGGUCGCUCUGCGUGCUGCUCGCCUGGGCCUUCCCGGAGCUGCUGGCCAGGGCCGAGCGUGGAGGCGGCAGUGGCGGCCAGCGGCGCUACAGGAUGCGCUACAGCCAGCUGGCGACGCUGGACGGCAGGGACCCGCUUGCCAAGGAGCGCGACCUCCGUUUUUCCUUCUUCUGGCCAUCGCGUCGCUCACUGGCAAUAGGAUCUUCUGGGCCCUCAGGAUGGACCCCGAGCUGCUGCCGAAGUACGGCAUCGACCCGGAGAACGCCGGGGCCCACCGGGUGUACAGCAGAGCUCCCGCGGGCGGCGCGGGCCUGCCUGUGGUGCUCCAGCGCUACCUGGCGGGGAAGGACUGCGCCGGCGUGGCCAGCUCGGAGGAGCUCGUGGGCAGCCUUGCCCGCGACUCUGCGCAGUGGCCCCCUGCGGAAGUGGACGCCAUGCUGUGGGACCUGGCGUGGGCAGAGCCAGCCCAGGUCGGCCUGA